AGGCCCGCUCCUUGGCCACGGCGGCAGGCAGCGUCGUCGACCAGGUGGUCGAUGAUUUCGGCGGCGAGAGCAUUACGGAGGGCACCGUCAUGGAGUACAAGAAGCAGGUCGGGGAAUUCGUGGCGAAAGGGGACAUCAUCGCGGUCAUCGAGACUGACAAGGUCACCAUCGAGGUGAGCGCGAUCGAGUCGGGGACCAUCAAGGAGGCGCUCGUCCCCACGGACGGCACCAUCGCCAAGGGCCAGGUCCUGGUCAGGAUCGAGGCGGGUGCGGGCGGCUCAGGAGCGCUGCCCGCCGCGGCCCCGGCUCCCGCGGCGGCGGCGCCCGCCGCUGCGCCAGCCGGCGCGGGCAAGAUCCUGGAGCAGGCGGUGACCGACUUCGGCGCCGAGAGCAUCACGGAGGGCACGCUCAUGGAAUGGAGGAAAAAGGUUGGCGACCUCGUGGCGAAGGGCGAGCUCCUGGCCGUCGUAGAGACGGACAAGGUGUCCCUGGAGGUGAAGGCCGAGGAGGCGGGCGUUGUCAAGGA